CAGAAACUGGAGCUGCAGGGUCGGUACAGUCACUAAUACGUUCUGCUGCCCCUCUUCUUCUACGUCACAUUCGGUCUAAAUAAGCAAAGUUAGCCAGCCAGCCUCCCACCCCCGACAGUAUGGUGUGUGUAAACCUGGACCCCUCAUCUUUAGGCCCCAUCUCAUUUUCCUUAUCAUUACACACGACACGACCUUUGUCUUGUCUUCCUCCCCGUUAUCCUCUCGUCUCUUGACCGAACCCCACCCGUAUAUACGCUGCACAUCCUACACACCUACACAAACACAUCAAAGCUCCACGACUUGCCAUCACAAUCACAAGCACAAUCACGAUUCUGAACCUACUGCAACCAUGACGAAGCAACCCUCACUAUACGCCUUCGCCUCCAAAGCUGCACUGCAGUCCAGCCUGGCCAGCUACAUCAUCAAAGCGCAAAACGCCGCGCUGAAGCGCCACUCAACGUUCCGCGUCGCCGUUUCCGGCGGCUCUCUCCCCGCGAUGCUCUCAUCCAGCGAGCUCCUCAACUCCCCCGACUGCAAAUGGGGCGCCUGGGAGAUCUUCUUCGCGGACGAGCGCGCAGUGCCCCUCGACCACGAGGACUCCAACUACGCCCUGCUCAAGAAAGAGUUCCUGUCGAAGAUCCCGGGCGACGUCGCGCCGACCGUGGUGACCAUCGACGAGUCUCUCCUCGACGACCCGCAAGAGCUUGCCGACGUGUACGAGCAGGCGCUCGUCAAGCACUUUGCGGCGCGGGACACGGUGAAGCUCCCGAUCUUCGACCUGAUGCUGCUUGGCUGCGGCCCGGACGGACACACCUGCUCGCUGUUCCCCGGUCAUGAGCUGCUGCGCGAGGAUGUCGCCUGGGUCGCCCCCAUCGAGGAUAGUCCUAAGCCUCCUGCGAAGAGGAUCACCCUCACCCUCCCCGUGGUUACCCACGCGCUCAAGAUUGCGUUCGUGACGACCGGCGCCGGAAAGCAGGAGGUGCUCAAGAGGAUCUUUGAUACGCAUCCUGAGCUUGAGGGCGGCGAGGUGCUGCCGUGUGCGCUGGUUAACAUGAACGGUGGGGAGAAGGUCAGUUGGUUCUGCGACGAGGAUGCGGUCAAGGGCGUGGGCUUUCCGAAGAAGAGUGCGCUGUAGCAAUGGAGGGUUUGAAGUUGUUGGCUGUUCUGUUCCUUCUUCUUCCUUUCGGGCUGGCUGAUUGCUGGGAAAUCUUUUGUUUUGUUCUCUUUACCAUUUUUUCCUCUCUUUUUCCCUUUUUUUCUCCUUUCAAAAGCAUAGACGGAUUCGGGAGCUUGCGGUGCGCGUGGAAAGCUGUUUUUCAUUUUCUUCUUUCCAAUGAGGCCGGAUUUAUGACCAUGAUUGACUGAUGAAUCUUCUUCUUCUCUUCUUUCUUCCAUCCUUUUAUUUUUCAUCCUUUUAUUUUUCAUCCUUCAGCCUAAUCCUAGCGGGGGUUAAGAAGUGGUGGUUGUUUCGUUCCCAAUGUUACAUCCCGCUCGGGAGGUUCUGUUACGUACCGGGUUUGAAAUUGAGGUAUUCUAUCAUGCUGCUGUUUUUUUGUGACGAAUUUUCUUGCGGCGCUAAGGCAUGAACGGGCUUCUCGAAAUACCAGAAUACGUAGACCUGGAAGUACCCAGA